AUGUCUCCCCUUAACUCUACUUCCACCCGAAAGCGCGGUCGGCCCCCCAAGUAUCAGUCUGCAGAAGAGCGACAGGCCGCGAAGAUAACACGACAACGAAAUCAGCGACAAGCCGCCCAAGCGGCUAAACGCAACACCUUCUUUGAUGAAUACUACUCGGCCGGUCCAUCUGCAACUGGUGAACGCCCGAUCGCUCUUGUUCCUGGCAUAGCGGCGUUGUCGGUGACCCAUGAACUGGAAGAGUUGCUCCCGCCGUUAAGCCCCGAUUCAGCUCCUCUUGAGCUCGAAGAUAGCUCUAUCCUAAUUGACGAGCCGCCUCUAGAGCUCAACAGUCUCGAACCUGCCGCUAGUCCUACCCCUAACCUUCCCGAAACAGUGCCCGACCGACGCACAGUGAGCACCUCGAGGGGUGAUCUAUCAAAUUUAGAAAACCGGAAGGCCCUGCCCCAGCGGCUGCCGAGGAUAGCGAGGAUGUUUGCACGCUGGCACGCGUGCUGGCCGACCAGCUAUAUCAGCAUCACGGCUGUUGUCGAGGAGUGCCAUGAGCAGGCCUGCGCGGCGCACCAAGAGACGCAUUCGGUUCAUACCGGGCUGGGGGAGUAUGUGGACCAGAUUAAUAUCGCUGGCGAUUUCCCGGAUGUGCUGGGCUCGGCUACAAUCGCGGCCCGCGAGUCCAAUCUCGCCCAGCAAGUCACCAAGGCACGAAAACAACAGAUCUACUGCGGCAUCGAUCCUCACAAGCCCGAUGAAUCCCCAACGCAUCUCUGCGUGGCAGCCGACCAUCGUCCCGAUCCUUCCUUGGGCGUGACUGUUGAUAUCGAUAGCGUGGGUGGGUUUGUCAGUAGUCUGGCGGUAGCUCGUCGGGGGAUCCGAUGGCAUCCUACGCAGAUGGCGGUGUCCGACCUCCAGUCCAGCCUGCAUAUAGAUCCGGUUUCAGUCCAGUAUUUCGACUCAACCGGGCAGGCCCACCAUGUUCGCCGGCCGGUCCAUCAAGUGCCGCACUAUACCUUUGGUCGUCUAAUUGGAUUCGAAGAUAUCUCUCUGUAUCUGCUCUUUCCCCGACUGUACCGGGAAGAUCAGCAAUCCAGCCGUCUGCUAGACCAGGAUUUCCAGCAAUGGACGGACGAAAUCCUCCUCCCAAUCAUCAAUCGGUGUUAUUCCGGCGACCUAAUCCAGCACUACCCCUCUAGCUUUGACCAUAGCCGGCUGAACGCAACCGCCCGGGGAGUAGAAAUGCGGUCCCAGCGAGUGGAUCCCAUCCCCCGCGAGCAGCUCCUUGCCUACUUUCUUCCUCCCGAGGCGCUUCCUACGAUCUGGGAACAGAUUCUAGAGGCGACCCACCGCCCCGGAUGCCACCAGUUUCAGGAUCUCAAGAUUCUGAUCGAGGGGAAAAACCUAAAGACCUUGACUAAGGCAGACACAUUAGCCGAUCUCAUGGCGGGCUUUCAACAACACUGGCAGAACGCUAUUAAUGAGGACUAUCUCGCUGAGCCGUUCUUCUACGACCUUGGAAAAGAAACCUGCCCAACCACGGCGAGCGAGCGAGAGAGGCCGCCGCAAUCUUUACUCUGGCGGCGUUGUUGCCUGAACGCGUAUAGCCAGUGGAUCCAUAGCAAGCAGCCAGCGGACGCGCCCCAUGCUCUGCAGCACUUCUACCCAAUCAGUAUGCUAGAAGACACCGGCAGCCUGACGUUAGAGACCCGGCGAACAUCACCGCAGCGGCGGGCCGGUCUCUAUUAUAGUCAAUUCUACGCUAGUGUGAAAGAGGUCUUCGCCGCCGGCAAUACAUAUCCAUUUACCAAUACUGCAACGGAGACCUUGGCGCUGGAUCCCCAGCUUCGCAAGACGUGGCAGACCGUUGGCGGUGGUCUUAGCCAUAAUCCGAUCGCGCUCAACCGGGCCUAUCUCACCACAAAGCAACGGUGCCAUGCUGCGUUACAAGGAUCGGUCCCUAAGGUCUUUGGCCUGCGCGAAGAGCACCGGGUCUCUCACGCUUUAUUUUGUCAGAUUCUGCACGAAUUUCAGACCCGGCAACAGUCUACCACCCGAUUUCUGGGUUCUGGAGAUCGGGUCGAGAGUUACUACGCUUUGCCGACCUUGACGCUUCUUCGCUGGUUCCGAUGGAAUAUCAACAAGUUUUGUGUUGGGUUUGAAAUGGUGUACAGCUUAAAUGACCGGCAUUUUGUGACCUGGGAGCAUACCCGGCAAUUUGGGUACGGCUGGUUCCUGGAGAAGAUAGAUUGGGAGAUGAUGGUGUUCCGACAGCCGGCCACGCAAUACAUCCAAUUCAACAACCCGUCGCUCCAAGCCGCGUACCACGCGCGUUAUUCCCAGGUGCGGGAUGUUCGCACGGACUUCAUUCGCAUCAGCCAGAUCCACCAGUGGAUGACCGAGUUUAGCAGUAUUCCUACCUGCCAAGACUAUCUGCAGAAAUAUCUGCGGCAGCUGUGUUUGCGGGCCUUUCGCAAGGAUGUUUUUACGCAGAUCAAACGGCUUCUAAAGCCCGAAUCCGUCACCGUAGCGUUAGCGGGAGAGACCCCGCUCUGCUGGCCGAGUCUUGAAGGCGCGCUGCAGGCCCAACACUGUCCGCCCUAUAUUGCGUCGGGGAACCGCAUGGCGGUCAAACAUAUCAAUGUCCUUUUUACCUGGCUAUGGGAGUGGCGCGAUGGCCGAUUCGAACGAAAAGGAUGGGAUCACAAGCCCUACCGACUUCUUUAUCAAAAGAGCUUCGAGGUGAUUACCCUUAUCCAAGGCAAGGACGCCGCUCGUCAGUGGAAACAGGGUCUGAAAGAUUCCUUUAUUCAGAGCCAUUGGAUGCUCCCCUAUCCUCAGAACAAUAGCUUCAUGCGAAAGUCGAAGGAGAGUGGCCAGGUGAUGUGGUGGUCCAGCGUGCAUCGCGGGAUGGAUCUGUACUACCACGAGCUGAAUGUGUUUGACCGCCCCUUUCCGGCGUCCUAUAUCAAGCAUCAUCCGACGACCGGUUGGAGCCCAUCGCAGCCCUCUCUCGCCCAUCUUGACUAUACAAUUGAACCUGAACAGCGCCUUCUGCAUCUAUCAGAUCCCGAGCUCUAUCAGACCCUACGCGAUCUACAGAGCCAAUGGACGUCGCUAAAUAGGCCGCCCCAACGACCGGUACACCAAUCUUCGCGAGUAAUUUUUGAGAAUCAGGAGCGGAUCCAGAAUCCAUUUGAUCCGAUCACUGGUCCGGUUGAGACAUG